UCACUACCAUGUGUCAAAGGUUACGUCACUUAACCCAGAAAAUUAAUUUUAAUUAUUAAUUCACGUGAAUUACAAAGAAACAGUUGUUUAUAUUUAUAAUAAUUCUAAUUAUUACAACACCUGUUCAAAGGAUUAUAGUUAAUUAUUUGUAAAAUAAUGAUGAACCUAACCUCACCUAACCUAACUUUUUGUCAGAACAUGCUAAAACUUUGUUAUCGAUAUUUCCAGCCACGUUUCACCCGAAAUACAAUAAAUUUUUGCACAUCGAAAGGUGACACGCCCCCGAAAGUUUUAUUCAAGUAUUUAAUACGUCAGUGUGAUAAAUUACCAGAGGGCCCCAAAAAACAUUACAAAUUUAUGAUUAAACAGAGUUUUAAACAACACGUAAAAGAAUCAGAUCCAGAGAGAAUUAGACAAAUUGUAGCGCGAUCAUAUGAGGAUGCUGACUGGGUUUUAAAAAAGUACCUUGAUAAGAAGAACUAGAAUGGACCAAAUUCCACUAGCGACUAGUUCUACCCUCCUCCCUUUAGAAAGCUUCUGGAAUUCAGUUUUAGUGUACCAUGAUAAACCCCACGUAGUCAACAGGAAACUAGCAACGGUUUCCCCAAUUUUUUUCUGCAAAAUUGGCUUCCAUUGCCCCCGCAUUAAACGCCUCCAUGAAAUUUUUACAUGGGAAGCGCUUAUUUACAAAAUUCGCAAAGCACAAGACUUCACAAAACUCACGCCUGAUUUUAUCAAAGCCGUUACAGAAAAUUACGACAAAGAAGCCACAAUCACAAACGUUACAAGAGAAGAUUUUCACAACAGCGUCGAUGGCCAGUUCAUUUCAUUGCGCGUUUUAUUUCCAAGACAGUCCCCACACAAAUGUCUCGAGGUUGUGAUUUUUGACAAAGAAAAGCGAACGGCGACGUUCUUUGCAGUGCAAGAGCAAGAUCACCCACUGGUAGCGCCUCGUUUUCCGUAUCACAUAGAGUUGACGCAAAGUGGGAAUCUAAGAAUCGUUUUGAACAAUUUUGAGGAUGCUGACACCAGUGCUGCCGAGUGGCUAUCAGAUAAAUUGUUUCCAAAAGUCUUGAAAUGGGCGGAAAAUGGUGUUCUUGAAGACGCAGGUGUUGGGUCCUUGAGUUUGAUAGCGUCUGACGAGUAUUACACGCUUUAUUCCAGUCUCAAAGAGAAGUAUGGGGAAAAGUUGGUACGACAGUGGCCUACCAAAGCAAAAACUGAUCCCCAAAAAUACAUUUUUGAGGAUAUUGCUAUUGCGACGUACUUAAUUUGUUUGUGGCGUAAGAUUGGAGCUCAGGAUAUCAAUUUCGUGGAUUGUGGCUGCGGUAACGGUCUAUUAGUGUACAUUUUAAACCGAGAAGGUUAUACAGGAUUUGGGUUGGAUGUUAGGAGCCGUAAAGUUUGGGAAUUGUAUUCAGAUCAAGCUGAUUUAAGAAUUGGGAUUGUCAAACCGGAUUCUACAUUUCCUCAAGCAACAUGGGUUAUUGGUAACCAUUCCGAUGAAUUGACCCCUUGGAUUCCCAUAAUUGCACUCAAUAGUUCAAACAGAACAAACUAUUUCGUUUUACCUUGUUGCCCAUAUGAUUUGAAUGGUUGUAAGUACGCACGAGUGAACAUUAAGUUGAGUCAGUAUGGAGACUACUUGGAUUAUGUUGAAAAUCUUUCAAAUAUGUGUGGCUUUACAACUUCCAUUGACAAAUUAAGGAUUCCGUCGACAAGGAGAGUCUGUUUGGUGGGUGUCAGAGACAAUUUUGAUGAUUCACAAAUUGGCGAAAUUAAAAAACAAAUUUCGAAUUUAAUUUCUGACAAUUUGAAGGAGUUUAAACCCAGAAAUGCGGUUGAACCCGUCCAGAAUUGCUCUCGUCUGAACAGAGACUUAAUCACACGAAUAACUAACUUUGUUGUUAAGGAAUUAUUGGAAACUUUGUCUCCUCUAAGACGGGAGUUUGACGGAAAAUCUUGGAAUCAAGGUGGAACAAGAAACUUGAACGAACUUUGUGAUAAAAUAUCCCCUGAAGAUAAACAGUCACUGAAAAAUGAAUGUGGAGGGCUACAAACUUUGCUCAAGAACCGUAAAUACAUAUUUAAUGUGCGCUGGGGCAUGGUAAAUUUACAGAAACCUUUAAGUUUAAAGGAAUCUAGCAAAUAUAAGGACAAACCUUGUUGGUUUUUCAAAAACCACCCAGAUGGGUGUCUCCAUCAAUCAGAAACUUGUGCUUACAAACACAUAGACGAUUAAUUUUAUUGUUUAUUAAAAAAGUUUAUCAAUAAACUUAAGAAAGAGCA